GAAAGAUUAGUGCAGGCACAGGCCACCAGACUGCAAGGUGCUGGACCCGGAGCUCAGACGGAUGCACCAAAACCCGAUAAUGGAGAAGUGAUUUCAAUAUCGUCCCUGGCACUUCUAAAGAUGUUGAAGCACGGUCGUGCUGGAGUACCCAUGGAGGUUAUGGGACUUAUGCUUGGAGAAUACAUUGACGAAUGGACCACUCAUGUUGUGGACGUUUUUGCGAUGCCUCAGUCAGGAACGACUGUAACUGUCGAGUCGGUGGAUCACGUCUUCCAGAUGAAUAUGGUGGAGAUGUUGAAGCAGACAGGACGUCCAGAAAUGGUCGUUGGGUGGUACCAUUCCCAUCCAGGUUUCGGGUGUUGGCUGUCGAGUGUCGACAUCAACACUCAACAAUCCUUCGAGUCUCUCCAAUCCCGUUCAGUUGCCGUCGUCAUUGAUCCCAUCCAAUCAGUGAAAGGGAAGGUCGUGAUUGACGCCUUCCGCCUCAUCAAUCCUCACUCAGUUGUUCUCGGGCAGGAGCCUCGGCAAACAACUUCAAAUAUCGGUCACAUCAACAAACCUAGCAUUCAGGCCCUCAUUCACGGGCUAAAUAGGCACUACUACUCCAUUGCAGUCACAUAUCGCAAGACGGAGCUUGAGCAAGCUAUGCUUAUGAACCUACAUAAGCGAAAUUGGACGGAGGGGCUGAAGUUGAAUGAUUUCAACAUGCACAAAGACACUAAUGGGAAGGCGAUUAAAAACAUGCUGACUCUGUCUGAAGCGUACCACAAGUCUGUCGAGGAAGAAGCCACUUUAACACCAGAACAGCUGAAAACCCGCCAUGUGGGUAAGCAAGAUCCAAAACGACACUUGGAGGAGGCUGUAGAGAAAGCGAUGGGUGACCAAGUGGUCCAGACACUGGGAACAAUGCUACUUGCCGAGCUGUAGAUAAUCCCACUAUUGUUGGAGGUUGCUAUUUAAUCAGAGUUGAUACAGUAUUCGUCAAGAAUUACACUAAUCUGGGAAUAAUGUAGGUGUGCG